AAUAUGUAAUUGUUGAAAAUUCAAACCGGAAAUUAGAGGGUCUUUGGAAGUACCCCGAAAAUGUGCACGUAUUACAUAUACAAAGAGAAGGAAGAAAAAAGUGAGAGGAAAACGAAGCCACAGUUCCAAAUCGAUAGUUCCGAUUUUUGCAGAGAUUUGUUUGGAACCUCCGUUCUCUUAGGAGAGCGAAUAAGGCGUAUCGUAUGUAUGUAAUAUUUGAAUUACUGCGUCGUUGAUUUGCGUUAAAGUGAUAUUAGAGAAUUUAAUAGACAGCAGGCGAUGGUAUCUUGGAAGGAUAUAACGAGAGUGGUGAACGGGAUGUCUCUGGUGUCCCGGGAGGCCUUCCGCCGCUCUGAAAGCGGGGAAUUGCAGUCCCUAAUCAAGGCCGGCGUCCUCUCAGCCACCGACCUUGUGGGACUCACGAAGGGCAAGCUCCGCCACUUCGACACAUCCAAUGUAAUCGACACCAUUUCCGAUGCCCUCAAUAGAAAUAAUAAAGCUAGUGUUGUUCACUUCAGGGAUGAGUCACUUCCAUCUCAGCCAUCUUCAGAUUCAAAUGCUAUUACCGCUGCCACUGCUCAACCCGUUGGUGCUCGGAAUGCCUCAAAGGCAGAUGCAGAGGCGGGUUUGGACGCUGCUAAUGACAAUGCUCAAAGCGCUUCCCAAUCAAAUUCGAGCGCCGUUAUUGUCAAUGGGGCCAUCACUCCCCAACUGUCUCCGAGGAAGCCAAGGAAGCCCAGGGAAAGGAGAGUUCCCUCCACCCCUUUCUCCAGAGCGCUUGGGUUUGCUGGCCUUGGAGCUGGUCUAGCGUUGGGCACACUUCAGGAAUCUGCCAAGAGGAUUGUCUUUGGUACACCUGUCUCGCAAAACAACCAACACGCUGUUUCCCCAUUCUUAUCCGAGAAAAAUGCGGAACGUUUAGCUCUUGCAUUGUGUAGAAUGCGUGGAGCAGCACUAAAAUUGGGGCAGAUGUUGAGUAUCCAAGAUGAAUCUCUUGUACCGGCGCCGAUCUUGGCAGCUUUGGACAUUGUCCGUCAGGGUGCAGAUGUGAUGCCAAAAAAUCAGCUCAAUCAAGUUUUGGAUGCUGAAUUGGGCCCCAACUGGUCAUCUAAGUUGAUAAGCUUUGACUACGAACCAAUUGCCGCGGCAAGUAUAGGACAGGUACACCGUGCUGUUACAAAGGAUGGUUUGGAGGUUGCAAUGAAAAUCCAGUAUCCUGGAGUUGCUGAUAGUAUUGAGAGUGACAUUGAGAAUGUGAAAUUGCUGCUUACCUAUACAAAUUUGAUACCAGAAAAACUUUAUAUUGACAAUGCAAUGAAGGUUGCAAAAGAAGAACUUUCUCGCGAAUGUGAUUAUGAAUUGGAGGCCAAAAAUCAGAAAAGAUUUCACAGUCUGUUGGCCAACACAACAGGAUUUUACAUUCCCAUAGUGGUGGAUACUUUGUCGAGCAGAAGAGUGUUAACCACAGAACUAGUUCCAGGUGUUCCAAUUGAUAAGGUGGCAUUGCUAGACCAAGCAACUCGCAACUAUGUUGGAGCAAAAUUGCUUGAGCUUACUUUGAGGGAGUUAUUCAUCUUUUGUUUCAUGCAGACUGAUCCUAACUGGAGCAACUUCUUAUAUGAUGAUGCGGAAAAGUCAAUCAAUCUUAUAGACUUCGGCGCAGUAAGGGACUUCCCAAAGCUUUUCGUGGAUGAUUAUUUAAGAAUGGUUGUUGCUUGUGCAAAUGGUGACAGAGAAGCAGUAAUUGAGAUGUCAAGAAGACUUGGUUUUCUUACAGGGAUGGAAUCUGAAGUUAUGUUAGAGGCUCAUGUUCAGGCUGGUUUUGUUGUGGGUUUACCAUUUGCAAAGCAUGGAGGGUAUGAUUUCCGGUCAACCAACAUUACUCAAAGCAUUUCAAACCUCGGGGCUACAAUGUUGAGACACAGGCUGACGCCUCCUCCUGAGGAGGCAUACAGUCUUCACAGGAAGCUUUCUGGCACUUUCCUUGCUUGCAUCAAGCUUGGGGCUGUUGUACCAUGUAGGGAACUUCUGCUUCAAGUUUAUGAGAACUAUCGUUUUGGUGAAGACUCUGAUGAAAUCUUGUCAAGAAAUUCAUUUUCGUGAUCGAGAUCUCUGUGAUUUAUAUUUAAUAUAAAAUCCAUGACACAAUUUUGAGAUGCUAUAGGCAUCAUGCUCAUCAAUUUUCCUUUACGCAUGAUUAGAUCGAGGAUAUGCCAUACACUUGGCUGAGACAGAAUAAACAUUUCUAUGGAAACUAAAGAGUGGAUUUUAUUAUUGAAAUAAAUUUCGGAUGCUGCAAGAUGUGCAAAUAAGUGUAAGUUUGGUGCCUCAUAUUGUUCGUGCUCUGGUUGGAUUGUAGAAAAAAAUAAAAAAUCAUGAUAAUUUAGUUUU